CUUCCCACGUCCCCUUCUACUCACUCUUCCCUAUCUCGCCCUCUCCUUACUGGGAUAUCAUCUUCAUCUUUUUUUUCCCUCUUUCCUUACACGCCUCUCUCCCCUUUUGUCCCACGAUUGACUUUGUGUCACCCGCCCUUGUGAGCUUUUUUUUUUCUCCUCGCCUCUGAACACCUCCCAGGCUUUCGUAUUUUCCUCGAAUCCACCAACUAUCGCCAUGGCUUCUGCUGAGUAUGAUACCGAGAACGGUCGCUAUGACGACGAGCCUCGUUUCGAACGCGAUCGCAGCGCGUCACCUCGCGAUGAGCCUCGUGGGGACCGCGCCCGUAGCCGAUCCCCAGUUCGCCUUGAUGACCGGGGCACUGCGAUUCACCGCCUCAAGGAGGAGGACGAGGAAGGCGCGGUCAACACCGGCUCCAACCUGUUCGUGACUGGCAUCCACCCUCGCCUGACCGAGUCCGAUAUCUCGCGUCUGUUCGAGAAGUACGGCGAUGUCGAGAACUGCUCGAUCAUGGUCGACCCCCACACCAAGGAGUCUCGUGGCUUCGGCUUCGUCAAGAUGGUGACUGCCGAGCAGGCGGAUGCUGCCAAGGAGGGUCUUCAGGGCGAGGUCAUCGAGGGCCGCACCUUGAGCAUUGAGAAGGCGCGUCGUAGCCGCCCCAGAACCCCUACUCCUGGCAAAUACUUUGGUCCUCCCAAGCGCGGGGACUUCCGGGGCCCCCCUCGUGGUGGGCGUGGAGACCGCUACGAUGACCGCCGUGGCGGAUACGGGGGUGGCUGGCGCCGCAACGAUGACUACCGCUAUGGAAGCCGCUACGACUCCUACGGUGAUCGUGGCAGUGGCGGACGCGACUAUGGUCGUGACUACGGCCGUCGCGAGUAUCGCGAUGAAUAUGCAGGUGGCUACCGUGGUGGCAUCGACCGCUAUGCCUCUGGCCGCGAGGAUCGGUACGGCCGUGAGGAUCGUCGUGAUGACCGCCGCAGUGGCGACGAUCGCCGAGGCUAUUACGACCGCGAUGCUAACCCUCCCAGUUAUGAACAAGCCCCUCCCCGUGAAAACCGUGAAAACCGUGACGCCUACGCCAGCCGUUCCUACGAGUCGCGUGGCGGCGAAGACCGUUACAGUGGUGCCAGGUAGGUGAAGCACGCCUCAGGUCGGGCCUCGUUGAUGG